UCGAUUGCAUCAUGUUGUGCAAUAGAAGCUUAUGAGUCAUCAAUGUCAAGUAGCUGGUUGGUUCUGUGGCUCGUUUUCGGUUAAAUUAAUAUAUCACCCAACAUCUAUAUAAUUCAAAGCAAAUAGUUUUUUAAGCAAGAUAUACUAUUUGCACCCAAUACCUGUAAAAUUUCUGGAAGAUAUUUUGGUUUGAUAACUGGUUGGCCAACCUGUAGGCCCUACUAGCGCCUUUCAAAGUAAUGACACCUAAGCCAUUUGAUCCCUAUCAGAAAAGUCUGGAAACUUUGGUGGCAAGGCGCUACUGUCAGUACUGCAGUGAUUUAUAAGAAUAAUGGCAGGCAAGUCCAGCCUUAAGAAUCCGGGCACAGUUCUUUUCCUCAUUUUACCAGUAGCAUAUGCAUGUCCUGAGGGACAAUUUCUACCAAAAAAUGGUACCUGCAGACCAUGUGAUACAAAGUGUAUUGGUGGGCAGGUUAUUGUUGCAAGUUGCUCUAAACAUGAGAACCUGCGGUGUGAAUGCCCGGGUAAAGAAUAUUUCAUUGAGUUGAAACAUCAAUGUUUUCCCUGCAAGAUUACUGGGGAUGGAGAGUAUUAUCGAAGAAACUGCUCCAAAUAUGAAAAUGCAGAUGUUUCAAAGUGCCCACUGGGCAUGUUUACACUUGAUCAUUAUCAGUGCCACAAUUGCUCAAAAUGCUCAGCUGGACAUAAGGUUGUCUUCAAGUGUGAUGGGUCUAGAAAUACAGAGUGCAAGGAGAUUUCAGAGCCUGGAAGCCUGUCAAAAGGAGAAAUUGCAGGUGCAGUUUUGGGACCAUUGCUGCUAUUGGUGUCUAUUGUUAUUGCAAUAUUGCUCUGUAGAAGAAAACAUGCUCACCGAAGCUCUGUAGAAGGAAAUGCCAAAGUGAAUGGUCUAAGUUCAGUAGCAAUUGAUAAUAAAGGUAUGCAUUUGUUGUUUUGCAUUGUGUCUUUGAGUUUAUAACAUAAGGCAUCAAAGCAAAGUUGCUUUGUUAACCAU